UUUUUAUUCUGAUUCAAGAUAGAAAUUAAAGGAAGAAAGUAAAUAUAAAAUAAAUGCAAAUGAACAGUGCAACAAAUACACGAAAAAGGAAUGACAGAUAUGUCGCGAAUCGUAAGGAUUCUAAGAAACGUAAACAAUUUGUGUUGGAACCCGGUAUGACAGGAUUUCUAUGCACGUGCAACUUUCAUGAGAGAGGCUGCAUUACUGAGGCCUAUAGAUUGCUCAAUUUGUUUGCAGAUGAGAAAUCGGAAAUACAUAAGAAAUCUGAAACAUCAACAAACGCACUCCAUAAAAAGGAAACUGAUAAAUCUAUAGAGGAUAUUGAUGAUGACAUAUCAAUUGUUUUAGAGAAAGAAAUCAAUGAACUUAGAACUGAACAUAAAAUGUCAUUGUCUUCUCGAAAAUUUCAAGUAGUAGAUACAGGUGUUAAAAAUAUGAUUUUUAUAACAAGUACUUUAUCAAAUCCAUUAGAAUUGGUUAUCAAAAUUGUUUCUAAAUUAGAUACAACCAAAGAACAAUGUACUAGAUACUUAUUAAGGUUACUUCCAAUUGAGGUUGUUUGCAAAGCAUAUAUGGAUAAUAUAAAGACAAAAGCAAAUGAAUUAUUUGAAAAAUAUUUUGUUCAAGAGCCUAAAACAUUCAGCAUUGUGUUUAAUCGUCGCAGUAAUAACAGCAUUAAAAGAGACGAAAUCAUUGAAGAUUUGGCAGAAAUAAUAUUGAAAAAAAAUCCAGGUAAUAAAGCAGAUUUGAAAAACCCAGACAUAGCUGUGAUUGUUGAAGUAAUACGUGGGGUUUGUUUAUUCUCUGUCGCUCCUCAUUACUACAAAUUCAAAAAAUACAAUCUUCUCGAAAUAUGCAACAAUACAAAAAAAUAAGAUAAUCUCUAAGGAAGA